AUGGUUAUUACAGGCCAUUGGAUUGAUUUUUCUUGGAAGUUACAAAAAAGGGUUCUAAGUUUUGCAAAUAUUCCACCACCAAGAGGGGGUCUUCAGAUUUCUGAUGCUAUUUUCAAAUGUAUGAAAGAGUGGGGUAUUGAGAAUAAAGUUGUAACAAUUACUGUUGACAAUGCUUCUAAUAAUGAUGUAGCUAUUCGGUAUAUGAAAGAUACCAUUCGAAGGUCUAGAACAUUGCCAUGUGAUGGAAAUCUAUUCCAUGUGCGUUGUUGUGCACAUAUAUUAAACUUAUGUGUUCAAGAUGGAUUAGGGGUGAUUGAAGAUAUAAUUGGUGAUAUUCGAGAAGGCGUGGAAUAUGUUAAUCGCUCAGAGGCAAGGCGUGUACAAUUUGUUGAGUGUGUGCAACAAUUGCAGUUAAAAGAUCAGAAAUUGAUUCGUGAUUGCAAAACAAGAUGGAACUCUACAUUUGAGAUGUUAAGUUGUGCACUCAAAUUUAAAGAAGCUUUCAAAAUGUUCAAUGAAUGCGAUCCUUUCUAUGAUUGUUGCCCUUCAGAAGAAGGUUGGGAGAAGGCACGGAAAAUUUGCUCACUGUUAAAAGAAUUUUGGACAGCAACACACAUCAUUUCAGGUAGUGAAUAUCCCACUUCUAAUUUGUUUCUUCAAAAAGUUCAAAAAAUAAAAUCUACCUUGGAUGGGCAUGUGAAUGAUGAGGAUUCUUUUAUUAAAGAAUUGGUUUUGAAAAUGAAGACAAAAUUUGACAAGUAUUGGGGUGAGUGCAAUUUGUUGAUGGCUUUAGCUGCAGUUCUAGAUCCAACCAAAAAAAUGUUAGCAGUUGAGUUUUGUUUUCAAAAACUUUAUUCCCAUGGUGAUGCCCAAAGAAAUAUUUGUAAGGUUAAAGAUGCUCUUGUUAGCCUUUAUGAUGUCUAUGUUGCUGAAAAUGCUUGUGAAAGGAUUUCUCGUUCAUUCCAUUUGGAAAAUAUUGGCUCUUCCAAUUCUAAUACGACUCAACGUGAUUCUUCCUCCAAUUGGGAUGACUUUGAUGCUUAUUGUGCGGAAAUUGAGACUUCAGAGCCUUCAAAAUAUGAAUUAUUAGACUAUCUCGAAAAUGGUCGUUUGAAGAAGAGUGAAAUUCCUAAAGAUUUUUCAUGUUUAGAUUGGUGGAAAAUGAAUAGACUACAAUAUCCAGUGUUAUCAAAAAUGGCCGCUGAUAUUUUAGCUAUUCCAGUAAGUUCGGUAGCUUCCGAAGCAACAUUUAGUGCUGGGACGAGGGUCAUUGAUUCUUAUCGUUCAUCACUUUCCCCAGAGACGGUGCAAGUUCUUCUAUGUGGAGGAGAUUGGCUUCGACAUUUGCAUGGAGUGAAAAAAAAUACGAGGGUAAGUGGAAUUUAA